AUGCAGGUCACUCUGAAGACCCUCCAGCAGCAGACCUUCAAGAUCGAUAUCGACCCCGAGGAGACGGUGAAAGCACUGAAGGAGAAGAUUGAAUCUGAAAAAGGGAAAGAUGCCUUCCCAGUAGCAGACCAAAAGUUAAUUUAUGCAGGCAAAAUCCUCAAUGAUGACACUGCUCUCAAAGAAUAUAAAAUUGAUGAGAAAAAUUUUGUGGUGGUUAUGGUCACAAAACCCAAAGCAGUGACAACACCAGCACCAGCUACAAGUCAGCAGUCAAAUUCUGUCACCACUACUACAGUUAGUUCCUCUACAGCAGCUGUGGUCCAAUCCCCAGCCCCUACCCCUGCUUUGGCUCCCACUCCCACACCUACUCCAUCUGUCACUCCGGCAUCAACAGCAUCAUCUUCUGACUCUGCACCUACGGGUGCAGCUAAGCAAGAGAAACCUGCAGAGAAGCGGACAGAAACACCAGUGCCCACGAGUCCAUCAUCAAGUGACAGUACAUCAGGAGAUUCUUCUCGGUCAAACCUUUUUGAAGAUGCAACAAGUGCUCUUGUGACAGGUCAGUCCUAUAAGAAUAUGGUAACUGAGAUCAUGUCAAUGGGCUAUGAACGAGAGCAAGUAAUUGCAGCCCUAAGAGCCAGUUUCAACAACCCUGACAGAGCAGUGGAAUAUCUUUUAAUGGGAAUACCUGGAGACAGAGAAAGUCAAGCUGUGGUUGAUCCCCCUCAAGAAACUAGUACGGGAGCACCUCCAUCUUCAGCAGUGGCUACAGCUGCAGCAACUACAACAGCCACAACUACAACAACUAGUUCUGGAGGACAUCCCCUUGAAUUUUUACGGAAUCAGCCUCAUUUCCAACAGAUGAGACAAAUUAUUCAACAGAAUCCCUCCUUGCUUCCAGCAUUGCUACAAGAGAUAGGUCGAGAGAAUUCUCCGUUACAACAGCAAAUUAGCCAACACCAGGAACAUUUUAUUCAGAUGUUAAAUGAACCAGUACAAGAAGAUGGUGGUCAAGGAGGAGGGGGUGGAGGUGGCAGCGGUGGAAUUGCAGAAGCUGGAAGUGGUCAUAUGAUCUACAUUCAAGUAACACCUCAGGAAAAAGAAGCUAUAGAAAGGUUAAAGGCAUUAGGAUUUCCUGAAGGACUUGUGAUACAGGCAUACUUUGCUUGUGAGAAGAAUGAGAAUUUGGCUGCCAAUUUUCUUCUACAGCAAAACUUUGAUGAAGAUUGA